AUGUCACAUAAGAUUAAUAUACUAAUUAUUGAUGGUUAUAGUAUCAUCUCUGAAAUAGCGAGACAUUUGGAUCUAAACUCUUUACACGAUCUAUCCCGCACGUGUCGCCAAUUCCGCGCCAAUCUGCUUCAACAUCGCAGACAACUGAUCCCACAGACUUUGCGAUGUGUCUCUGAUACUCCAGAUCCAGCAUGGAAAGCAGAAAGUGUAUUGAGGGAAGAGACAGAUGAUCUCUGGUCUACACAUGGACCAGAUGGAAUCAGGAUUCCGAGGUUGACGAGUGGGAGAGUGGGCACGUGUGCUAGAGAUAUGGUUGGAGAGUGUCGACGAUGUGGGACUGUGGUUUGCCGGAACUGCACCAUGAAAGCCCCAUCAAGCACAGCACUUAAAUCCCGCCAUCGGCGACUCUGCCGCACGUGUAUCAGAGCACCAUUAUACCUACACACUAGAACCACGACCCCAGAAACCGAUACCGAACACCACAAUGACAGCUCUGACGACUUGCCAACACAUACUCCACUUUUAUACCGCAGCCCCUGCACUUGUCCCUCUCAAGUCUGGAUCUGCACCCCCUGCUCUACUACCCUUCGCACCCUGGAUACUUCCUACAUGCGCGCCUGGACCUGGCGAUCCCGCUAUAGCACUCACCUCCACGGCAUCGGCACCGGUCUAGGCACGGGCAUCGAAGGCGUGCAAUGCGGUCGAGAAGCCCACUGCCUCUCCGCCCGCACAAUCUUCAAAGAAAUAGAAUGCGAUGCCGCAGACACACGAACCGGCGGCUACUUUUUGCAAGAAAUAGAAGGGAUAGGAGGUGUAGUCAAGAAAAAAGUCAAGAGGAGGUUGCUGGUUGGAGACGUGGUUCAAGAGUUUGAGGAUGAGAGGGAAGGAGGCAAGUAUCUGGAAAGAGAGCAAGAAGGUGUGGAUAGGAGUUGGUGUUCUUGGUGUGCGAGGGUCGUGUUGAGUAAGAAGGACGUUUUGAGGGCUGCGAAUGCAAGUAGCAGUACCCGAGAAGUUGGAUUGCUGGGUAGAGCUUCUGACAGCGACUUGAGUUCUAGUUCGAGCCUUUCAUGA